AGCAUUCCUUCGAUGAAAUGAAAAUUCUGAAAAUUAAAAAAAAAAACGUGUGUGUCAUGAUAAACCGAUUUAUCAUGAGUGACGUGGCUCGACCAUGAUCCCGUUUCGGUCGAGCUUUCCCAACAACAAAAAAUAUCUCGUUUCAAUGCCAAACGACGUGAUUUGAGGAACACGGUUGGUUCUUUUCGCGCAAAUCGGCGUGAAACCGCGUGGAAUCGGCUCCAUUUGAGACCGAAAACUUUGAAAAAAAAAAAUUCAAAGACAGUGCACAACUUGGGAAAGAAACAUUUGAAGAGCCAUGGUGUGCUACACGCCUGUCGGUGGGCUCAGUCAGCAGGAUGUCGAAGCCCUGUUGCUCCAGAAGCUGGCCAAGAGCAUCAGUUUGGCUCAGUAUCCCGUGUUGGGCCUGCAAGUCUUUGCUGCUGUGUAUCGCUCUAGGCUGCGACUGCUUCAAAACGACGACCUGGGUCCUGCUGGAACUUCUUGCGUCAAAGAUGCGAUCAAACCCUCUUCUGCGAAUCCCGAAGGAUCCAAGCAACCUGCUGGCGCACCUUCUGGCACUUCUGGUGAGUGA